CUGACAGCUCAGCCAGCUGUGCGGAGGCUCUCUAAGGUCACAGUGUUUCCUCACUGGAGAUGACUUGGUCAUGAUACACUCUGUUUCCUCAUUUCUACAGUUUUCAGCCUGAGUCUGAGCCUGGGCUGGGGCCACAGCUGACUGGCUGAUAGGAUACCAGGGACCUGAGUCUGCUCCUGCUCUGGGACAAUAGUCCAGGUCCAGAAAAGUGGUGGUCAGCUGCUUCUCUCCCAUUCAGAAUGAUGGAUGAAAAGAAUUCUGACCGGAUAGAUUCUGAAUUCAGAUACACCCUCAUUCCCAUUGUCUAUAUUAUCAUCUUUGUUCUGGGAAUCCUCUCUAAUGGUUACGUGCUAUGGGUGUUUGUCACCCUCAACCCUGCCAAGAAAUUAAACGAGAUCAAGAUCUUCAUGGUCAACUUGACAGUGGCUGACCUGCUCUUCUUGUUUACUCUGCCCUUGUGGAUUGUCUAUUAUUUUAACCAAGGUGACUGGAUCCUACCCAAAUUCCUCUGCAAUGUGGCAGGCUGUCUCUUCUUCAUUAAUACUUACUGUUCUGUGGCCUUUCUCGGGGUCAUUACUUAUAAUCGCUUCCAGGCUGUGACAGACCCUAUCAGAGCAGCCCAAUCCACCACCCGUCGGCGAGGCAUUAUCCUGUCCUUGAUCAUCUGGGUCAUGAUUGUGGGGUGUGCCUUGUAUUUCCUCAUUUUGGAUUCGACAAACGUUGUUCUCCUGAAGACCGGUGGGAAAAAUGUAACCCGCUGCUUUGAAAAUUAUGAAAAGGGAAGCAUCCCUGUUCUCAUCAUUCAUGUCAUCAUUGUGUUCUGCUUCUUCAUCGUUUUCCUUGUGAUCCUGGUCUGCAAUGCGAUCAUUAUCCGGACCUUGUUGGCUCAACCUCUCCAGCCCCAGAGCAAUGCUAACGUUAAACACAAAGCCCUCUGGAUGGUUUGUACCGUGAUGGCCGUCUUCUUCAUCUGCUUUGUGCCUCACCACAUCAUUCAAUUACCCUGGACUGUGGCAGAGCUGAAGAUAGGUUUUCAGGACAACAGCCGUGUGCAUCAGUGUAUCAAUGACAUCCACCAGGUGACCCUCUGUCUCAUGAGCAUCAACUGUGUCUUGGACCCUGUCAUCUACUGCUUCCUCACCAAGAAAUUCCGAAAACACCUUUCAGAGAAGUUACAGAGCAUGAGAGGGAGUCGCAAAUGUUCCCGUGUCACUACGGAUACGGCUGUAGAAGUGGCCGUGCCCCUCAACAACUAUCCCAUCAAUACCAUGACCAAUUAGGCUGUGACUCCAUGCCCCAGAGGCAAGAACCAGUGCCCUGCAGAGGUCAUGCUGGGAUCCAGAAAGGAAAGAGAAGGCAUUCCAUCUGGGCCUGGACAGUAUCUCUGCCUUGUUUCUCUGGACAAUUACAGAUCAGUUAGAGAGAUGAGACAAUUUCUCCAAACCAAGCUGAGAAGAUCUAAAUCUUGCCUGAAUAGGCAACUCCCUUCCCUUCUAGACAAAUAGAUUUGUUCUUAGGAAAUCUUACUCUUCCCAGCUUCCAGGAUCACCUUGGAGAAUCUGCAUGUGGUAUGGUGGCUCCUGUUUAGUGGUUCACAGACCUCUUGGGGGUUCAGCACAAUGAUGCUAAAUAGAGCACUGGUUCUGGAAUGAUUCAAAUGUAGCCUUGGACACUUGCUGGCCACGUGACUCACUCUGUCUGCCUCAGUUUUCUCAUCUAUAAAAUGAGCUGCAGAAGGAAAUGGCAAACUACUCCAGUACCUUUACCAAAAAAGUCCCAAGAUGGGUCAGAAAGUGUUGGACACAACUAAAAUGACUGAACAAUAAUAACAGCAACAACAACAAAACAUUAAAUAAUUGCAAGAUAUUAUAAUUAAUAUAUAAAAUUAUGGUGGCAAUUUGCAAUACAUUUUGUUGUGUGUUCAUGGAGCAAAAAAUCUUGGAAACUACUGCUUUUGGGAAAAUAGCACUGGAUUGGCUGACACAGGACCAGAGUUCAAAUCCUGGCUCUCAUAUUUGUGGUCUUAAUGAUUUGGGACACAUUAAUGAACCUCUCUGGAUUUCAGUUUUAUCAUUUAGAAAAUGAGGGAGUUGGAUUUGGUGACCUCUGAGGCUACUAAAUCUGUCCUAUGACUUCCAUUCUGUGAGAUGAUGCCAGAGUAAAAACUGAAUCCAGAACUCCCUUCAUCUGAUCUCUUCAUUAUCCAAUGAUUAGAUUAUUCCCUGUGAAUCCUCAACAUCCCAUCCCAGGGGCUGACAUCUCAGUGGAGGUAUCUUACAAUCUAAGUGAUGGUUCCCAUAAAAGAUAGUUCUAGGAAGAGUAACUUCAACUGGUAGGUGGAACCCACAGGAUAAAAGGAAGAAUUGGGAAUCAUCCCUAGUAGUAAUUUUCCCCUUGAUGAUGAUGAAGAUGAUGAAUUUACUGUUUUGUGCUGUGAUCAUUAAAGGUCUGAGCCACAUUUCUCAUAGGGAGAGACCGGGGGCUGCCACUCAGAUUAUCCAGCUAACAAACUCUGAUGAGUGAAAUGGAGUAGAUGGACUCUGUGGUCAUAAAAUAAUAGAGUUUGGGAGCUCUGUGAGUCUAUAAGCCCAUCAAACCUUGCACAGUGUUAUGAAUGUAGAAGGUGUCUACUCAGUAUUUGUUGAGAAGUGGGACUUAGAAUUCAGUUUCACUCAUGUUCUAGUCUCUUCUUUACUUUUGUGUGCAUGACUUUGGGCAAGUCAGUUAACUUUUCUCUAAGUGCAGAUAAUAAGACUUUUCCUGCCCAAUGUUACGGGAUCUGGUUUGUUUUUUUGAGCAUCAGACUGAAAGUGAGACAACAUCUGUGAAAGCACUUUGUAAGUUGUAAAGCUCAAUGGAAACAUACUUCAGUGCUUCCAGAUUUCUGUGAUUUUAUCUGUUUGGGUAUUUCCACUAACUCAGUUUCCAACCCCUUCCAUGCUUAUAUGGACAUUUCAGGAGUUGCUAUGGCCUCAAAGUUGACCGACACUCCAAUAAUGUGCCUUUUCCAUCUUAAUCAGGCUGAGUUCUGAUUUAAACAGAUGCAUAGGAGUGACUAUGUCUACUCGCUAAAGCCUUUCCAGUUUGGUACGACCAGACAAUGUUUGAUGUUCAACUAUGCCGCAAUAAGGCAGCAGAGGAGGAUAAACAAAGGAAUAAAUUGACCCCUAAGUCUGCUUCUGAAGUAAGUGACAAUGACUCAUUCCCAGAUGAUGAUGAGGCUGCCUUUUCAGGGUACUUGUUUCAAGGGCAAGCAUGGCAGGAAAGGUACAGAUACGGCAAUUGGAGGCUGGAAAUCCAUCCAUCUUUUCUUCUGGAAUAGAUUGCUCUGACACUUCAAAGUCCACACAAAGAAGUCCAGUUCAAAAAAUGGCCAGCUACGGCCUCAGUUAGGCCUUGAACAAUUCCUGGUGUGUGUGUGUAUGUGUG